AUGAUGGAAAAGAACAUCUGCUAUCGGCAACGAAAGAGAAAAGAAGUCGUCUACGACGAUUGCGUACUCGAGGACUCCUUGUCCCAAAGUGACUGGCACAUCAAGGAGGACCCAAACGUGGACUACGAGAUGCUGCUCAGAGGAUUACGAGCCUGUGCUGAACGUGUCUCGAAGCCGCGCACGACAAACUUGGAUCGAAUUUCGAAGACCACCAAGGAAUUGUUAGGAAGAAGAAGGGCAUUGAGGCUUGAUCCGAAUGCAUCGCACAUUGAGCGGCAGAAGAAGAUUCUGGAAGCAGCACAAAGAAGAACGAGUCUAAAGAAGUGCUGCAGGGAUCUCCGCGAAUAUAAUAUUCCGCUAGCAGCCUUGCUGAGCGAAGACGGGACUCGCACGUCUUCUCGUCGUGAGAUGGAAAUCAUUACGGAGAGGUUCUACUUGAACCUUUUCCGUUCAUCAACUCCUGUGUUAAACCCGAUCAUCCCCGCUGGCGAAGCUCCACCACGGAUUCUCCCUUCGGAAAAAGAAAGAAUCUCAGACCAGUGGAAGACCUCGCGAACCGUUCUUAUCCAUAAGAAAGGUGACCGAGAGGACCUUCGGAACUACCGUCCGAUAUGCGUGCUAAGCAUGUUAUACAAAGUAAUCACCAAGAUCAUCCUCACACGCAUAUCUAGGACGCUGGAUGAAGCCCAGCCUCAAGAGCAAGCUGGAUUCCGCCAAGGGUUCAGCUACUUGGACCACACCCAGGCCGUGUCGAGGGUCAUAGAAGUUUGCCGGGAAUACCGCCUGACCCUUGUUCUAACCUUCGUCGACUAUGAGAAAGCCUUUAACAGCGUAUAA